AUGACUGCCAGAUCCUCCACAGACAACUCGUCGGACAACUUGCUACGAGAAGCGUCCCAUGCAAAAAAUGGAGCCAAUGUGAUCAAAUUCCACUCACAAGAUGACUCCACAUCGUCGUCGAUCGUUUCGGGAACAACCGCUGGGUUGCAAGCAAACGGCGAUUCCACAAAGGGUGAAACACCCACCACCCUUGUGUACUUGUUGACGUUGGCGUCGUCGAUCUCGGGUUUUAUGUUCGGGUACGACACUGGCUACAUUUCCGCAGCGUUAGUGAAUGUGGGCACAGACUUGUCGAACAAGAUCUUGACCUCAGGCGAAAAGGAGCUCAUAACAUCGGCCACGUCGUUGGGAGCAUUGAUUGGCGCUCUUUUCGGUGGUGUGGGUGCUAACUUGUUUGGAAGAAAAAGAGUGCUUUUGGGCUCAAACGUAUUCUUCGUUGUGGGCACUAUCAUUCAGCUUGUUGCCAAGCAUGUGUGGACGAUGAUUGCCGGCAGAUUCGUCUUGGGGCUUGGUGUGGGUGUGGCCUCGCUAAUAGCACCCCUUAUGUUGAGUGAGUUAGCUCCCUCGAAGUACAGAGGACGCCUUAUUGUGACGAACUGUAUUUUCAUCACGGGUGGUCAGUUAGUGGCCUACUUCAUCAACUGGCCCUUGACCCAUGUUGAUGGCGGCUGGAGAGUGUCCGUGGGCUUGUGCAUGGUGCCUGCGGUUAUUCAGCUGGGUUUCUUCCUCUACUUGCCUGACACCCCAAGAUACUACGUGAUUAAGGGCGAUUUGGAGAGGGCCAAGCAGGUAUUGCGCAAGACCCACAGUGACUCCUCGGAAGUUCAUGUCGAGGCGCUUUUGGCUGAUAUGAUCCAGUCAAACUCCACCGUUCCUGGCGGCCCGGUAUCUCAGAUUUGGAAUUCCAUAAAACUCAUCCACUCGAGACCUGCUAAUUUACGUGCUCUUAUAUUGGCAUGUGGGUUGCAAGGGAUCCAACAGUUCACUGGUUUCAACUCAUUGAUGUACUUCAGUGCCACAAUCUUCAAGACCAUUGGCUUUGAAAAUGCCACCGCCGUAUCGAUCAUUAUCGCUGCUACAAACUUUGUCUUUACCCUCGUUGCAUUGUGCAUCAUUGACUUUGUUGGACGUCGUCGCAUUUUACUUUUUGCUAUUCCAGGGAUGUGCAUAGCACUUGUCAUCUGUGCCAUUGCCUUCCAUUUUCUAGGGGUCAAGUUCGGUAGUGGUGAUGAAGUUGUUGUCGAAACAACAGGCAUCAGUGGUUGGGGCAUAGUCGUCAUCUUGGGUAUGGUUUUUUACGUUGCCUCGUAUGCCAUUGGUAUUGGAAACAGUGCCUGGACCGGCGUUGAGCUCUUUUCGGAUGUCAAUGUCAGAUCUGUGGGAGGUAUGUACGCUGCAGCCACUAAUUGGGCGGGCUCUUUGGUGAUUGCAUCGACAUUCUUAACCAUGUUAGAAAACAUCACGCCCCCAGGCACUUUUGCAUUAUUUGCCGCUUUGUGUUUUGUAUCCUUCUUAUUCGUGCUCUUCUUGCUUCCUGAAGUAGCUGGGUUGAAAUUAGAGGAGACUACGAAACUUCUUGAGGGCGGCUUCAACGUCAGAACUGCUCGUAAGUUGUCCAAGGAGAGAAAGAGGCUCGCCAAGCAGGCCGUCGACGACCUGCUGAGCACAAUGGUCUAA